UAUUUACAGACGGUGCGUAAUAAAGACGUGAAAAGUUUCUUUACCCACCAUUUAUAAAGUUAAGAUUAUAUAGGACAUAUUUCAGAACUGACAAUGUUGAUUUAUAAAAGCUUACUGUGUUAUCUUUACGUGAAUUCAAUAUACGGAUUGACACUUUAUCAAAUAAAUAACAGACUGAGUUACAUUGAAGAUAGAAUAAAUGCAGAAAGCAAAUUUAGGAGAGAUGAUUUCGGUUCAUUGUAUCAUGAGAUUUCUUCCAUGAAAGAAAUGCUACAGCAAUUGAUGGAGGGUAACAGUGAUGGGAAAGAAACUAAACAUACUGAUCAGAUAAAAGAACACACUAGUAAAGAAUUAGAAGAAAAGAUUCAUCGGCUGAGUAUUGGUUUUAAAGAGGAAAAAAUGACAAAUAGUCGAAUAAGACGAAAAACACACGAAUUACAACGACAAGUUAUCGAUCUAAGAACUCUAACAGACAAGACCUCUAAAGUCCUUGCAGACAAUCUAAAAGGAAUAGAACAUCUUACAAGGAAAACUGGAGAAUAUCAAAAUGAUAGCAAACAGUUACAAAGUGCUUUCACAAAAAUUGGGAUUUGUUCCGUUAACUUUACUGAACAAUAUGAAAACAAACAGUAUAUUCAAGGAGAAAAACUUGACAAAAUCAAGGCAAUUACUGAAAUGAUACAGGAAAACACAGAACAACUGAAGCAAGACCAAGAAAAGAGUUUUGAUGAUAUUGAAUAUAUUGAUAAUACGACCAAGAGAUUAGAAGAAGAAAUUUAUAGCAUUAAAAAGUUUGUCAAUAGGGCGACUUCGUGUUUGGAUCUGUAUAACUACGGAUUUAAAUCGAGCGGUAUAUACCAGAUAUAUAUUAUUAAACAAGAAAAACUGCUGUCUGUCUACUGUGACAUGGAUACUGACGAUGGAGGAUGGACAGUCUUCCAACGACGUCAAGAUGGAAGUGUGGACUUCUUUCGAGACUGGGAAGACUAUAAGACUGGAUUUGGUGAUUUGAAUGGCGAGUUUUGGCUUGGGAACCAAUACUUAAAUCUACUGACCGAUGAUGAUAAACAACACGAGCUAAGAAUUGAUCUUGAAGACUUUGAUGGAAAUCGUGCAUAUGCCAAGUAUAGCAUCUUUAAAAUUCUGCCGGAGGAAAUGAAGUACAAACUCGAAGUGGGUGGUUACAAUGGAAAUGCCGGAGAUUCUCUUGGAGAGUAUAAAUAUAGCUCGCAAAUAAAUAAUCAAAUGAGCUUCACUACAAGAGAUAAUGAUAAUGACAAUAAAGAUGGUGGAAGUUGCGCUCAUGAAUGGACCGGCGCCUGGUGGUACAAUCAUUGUUUUGCCUCGCACUUAAAUGGUUUGUAUUCUCAAAGGGCAACAUGUACGCCAAAAUGGAAAUGCAUCAUUUGGGAUUCAUGGAAAGGUUCAGAAACCUCCAUUGAGUUCACUGAAAUGAAACUCAGAUAAAGUUGCUUCUAAAACAACAUUUGCAAACGUAAUCUACUGAACGAAUGAUAUGAUACAUUAAUAAUUACUGUAAAAAAUUAAUAGAAUUCAAAGUUUCUGUUGUUUUGUUAGUGUAUGUCUUUUGAAUUUUUCAGCAAUUUAUUUAUAGUGUUAAUUAAGUUCUUUUUAUUGUUUGUUUAAAUGUUCUAUGUAUCACAUUUAACCUUUCCGUUAAAGAUCCUGUAUGUUUUGUGAUUGAUAUUGUUACUUUGUGUAUACCACACUUGCAAAAGUUAUAUAUGUAUAUAAUUAUGCAAAUAAAAUAAUUUUCAAACAUCGAAGAAUAUGUAAAAUGUGUACUGCAAAUAUUUGUGCACAUUAUAUUUAAUCAAUAAAUUACAUGCAUUCAUUUCUUAUUGGAAAAUUUGACUUAGAAUUUAUAGAAAAUAAAUUUCCAAUUACCUCCCUUUAUUUACAUGAAAUGUUUAAUUGGGUAAUAUCUUUAUAAAUAAGCUUAUUAGAACUUACAAUAUUGACAAAUCUUAAUUUGAGCAUCAUAUUUAUAAAAUAAAACCAUGAAAAAAUUGUGUUUCAGGAUCUUUAAAACAAAGUAGUUUGUAC